UUGAAUGAAACAAAGCAAUUUAAAGGAAUUAACCAAGUUAUUAAUAACGAUAUAGAGCCGAGGAAAAAAGACCGGAAUGUAGGCUCAUAACCAUUGGAUUACAAUGAGUCUAUAUCCAUUGGCUCUUUGUACAGUUUGUUAGUGAUAUGACAAGGAAAUACAAAAAUAUUUUAACGCAGCACAUGAACUGUACGCACGAAUAUAAAAGAGACGAUACAACGGAGUAUGGGAUUUUCUUGCUUCACCCAAAAAACGAAACAAAUAUUCCGCAAUUGGAAAAACAACUGCUACUUCCUUGUCGAUGCAUUUAAUCUAAAUCACAAGUGGACAAUAUAAUUGGAUUAGAGAAGUAUAUUAUAGAAUUAUCUCACCAUCUUACACAAUUCGGCUUCCUUAUUCCCCACACUGGGACCAAGCGGCCGUGGGGAGGUAGGCAAACUGAUGUAUUGCCAAUAUUAUCAACAUUUACAGUAUUCCCUAGUCUAAGUCUUUUUAGAAAAUAAAUCAUCUGGUGAUUAAGAAGCGAGUUUUGGUUCAAACAGUCUCAUUGAGAAUUGGUGAAGAGAUAUACGGUUACACUGGGAGAUUUCUAGAUGGUAAACGUUACCUCUCAGCGCGAAGAUAACAAUGCUAAUAUGCAACAUAAACCGAAACAAAAAAGGGCGAAAUUAUUAAAAGUUAAAACAGAUCCAGACUGGUUAAGCGCGUCUCCUUUGUUGCGUCGACAAACGAGAACAAUUGCCUCGGGUGGCACUAAGGAGUUCGUCUGGUGGGAGACGGACCCUCAGCAUAAACAAUGGGACUCAAUCGCCUUUGGAGGAAAACGCGAAUUUAAAUGGUGGGAAUCCGACACCGAGGAUGACGCUGAAAACGAAACAACUUCAAAGCGAAAGUCCAGAUCCGAGGGUGACGCAUUAACUCCCACCGCCCCUCCGGAUAUAGAGCGAGGUGACCCGAAAGUAGAAUGCAAUGACGUCAUCAUGAGUUUAGUCACGGAGGAGCAGCUUCAGAUUAAGGCGGAAUCACGUGAUCCAAGUCCGGAUGUUUCAUGUAUGAACCUUUUCAAAUGGAAAUCCCGGAAAAGUAAAUCGAAAGAAAAGAAAAAAUCAAAAGUUAAAAACCAGGUAUUGACUAAUGGAAACCCCAAAGCCGGAGUUCAGGGGACUAUACCAAAUAUAAAUGACGUUGCACAUUCCAUUGCUAAUGGCCAUAAUGUAAAUGACCAAGUAUCAAACGAUCUUAACGAUGAAAUAAAAGUUGAGACAGAAAUACCACUGGGAAGUGCCAUUUCAAAGCCGGAAAAUAACUCCAUGGAAUCCUCGGAGACAAAGGAUUUAGAAAUUGAUAAUUUGACAAACAAAAAUCCUUCAGAGUCUGGUGACAAGCCACCAGACUCCAAAGUAGCCCAAAAUGAACUAAACGAAAAUCGAGCAAAGAGAAAUCGUCCUCCAUUACAAAAACAGUUGAGUAUAGGCAAGGGUGGUAAAGGUGUAUUACCGUGGUGGGACGUAUCAUUGGAUGUACAUGAUAAGCCGGGCGAUUCUUCGCCAAUAGCAACUGCACAGUCGGAGCAUUGGCAAAAAUAUGGACCGACACUUGGAAAAACGUCCACAGGAUUAUUAGCAGCUGGUGCCGCUGUUGGCUGUAAGACGGGCAAGGUUCGAGACAAAGUGGGCAAGCCCCAUAAAGAACUAUGUCGAUACGAUCGAGAUUAUUACUUCAAUGAUUUUGGCGGUACUUUUGGAGAACGGCCAAAUGCCGAAUACGGUGGAGAAUCUUAUAAAAAGGCUAAUAGGCGAUGAUAAUACACAUGGAGUGAGGAAAAUUGCGUGCUAACAUUAUGCGACAAUGACAGGAAAAUGAUAAAUUAUUGAAUACAUGCCCGUUUUAGCUAGGUUCUCUAAGUAUACUAAAGUGAUACCCCGGGGCGACGCUUAAUUAUCAAUAAUGGAUUAUCAUUAAAGCGAUUUCUCGUUGGCAGACUGUCAGCUUUCACGACCAUGCAACCUGUUGAACUCGAAUACUUUGCCAUUUAAAUUGAUCUCAAAACGUUUGUUGCCGUUUGCUGAUCAUUCUCACACACUUUGGAUGG